CAUUGAUCUUGGUCUUUAAAAUGACUUCAGACCCAUCAUUAUAAGCAAGUCAUAAGGGUAGUGAGGUAGAGAAUACACCAUGGAAUUCCUCAAUGCUCCUACUAUUUCCCUUGUGAUUUUGAGUCUUGCCAUUUGUAGUAGCACUAGUGCUACCAACUCUAUGUAUUAUUCUCAUGGCCCAAACAAAGGGGCUUAUUGGCCUUCAUGGUCCAUAGAUUUUCCACCAUCCGCUAUCGACACCACUCUAUUUUCUCAUGCUUAUUAUGCUUUUCUUUCUCCUAAUAACGUCACAUUUAAGUUUGACGUUGAUUAUCCAACCGCUUUGUCGCUCAAAAACUUCACAACCACGCUUCAUAAAAAGAAACCAUCCAUCAAGACGUUGCUUUCCAUAGGAGGCGCAGCCGAAGGGCCAAUACUAUUCUCCCACAUGGCCUCGAGUUAUGACUCGAGGAAAAAUUUCAUCCUUUCCACUAUAGAAGUGGCACGAAAGUUUGACUUUGACGGGGUUGACCUAGAUUGGGAAUUCCCGCAAACCCCAAUUGAUAUGGUCAACUUUCGCCACUUGCUUCAUGAGUGGCGUGUGGCGGUCAAGAAAGAAGCUAAGUCAACGUGUAGACCACAACUUCUUCUUUCAGCCGCCACAUAUUAUAAGCCAGAAAUUACAUUGGAUAAUGUUUAUCGUAAAUACCCAGUAAAAUCCAUAAACAAAAACUUAGAUUGGAUAAAUGCAAUGUGUUAUGACUAUCACGGGUCGUGGGAUCUCACCACGACGGGUGCCCAAGCAGCCUUAUACGAUCCAAACAGCAACGUGAGCACGAGUUACGGGCUACACUCAUGGAUCAAGGCUAAGAUCCAAAGAGAAAAAUUGGUAAUGGGGUUGCCAUUAUAUGGUCGAACGUGGCAACUAAAGGAUCCAUCUCUAUAUGGUAUCGGAGCUCCAGCUGUGGAUGUCGGGCCAGGGAUCCAAGGACAAUUGGGUUAUGCAGACGUGGAAAAGUUCAAUAUCCAGAAUAAUGCCAAGGUGGUGUUUGACUUGUCAACUGUGUCUGUAUAUUCUGUUGCGGGAAACACUUGGAUUGGUUAUGACGAUGCUAGAUCGGUGAAAAUAAAGGUAGAAUAUGCAAAAACACUUAAAAUAGGAGGGUAUUUCUUUUGGGCAGUAGAUGCUGAUCAUGAAUGGAAAAUCUCCCGACAAGCUUCGAAGACAUGGGUUAUUUAAAAACCCACCUAACGGCAAAAUCGACUUACAAGUGGACCGGAGAAGUUACAUUGUAGUUGUAGUUAUAGUUGUUUGGUUUAAGAAUUAUAUUUGUAAUAUUGUGUUUUAUGAGAGAACAUAGCAAUAUGUAUGUCAUUUAAGAUAGGAACCAGUAAAGCUCCUUGACCGUACCAAAAUACCAUUUCAUUUACAGAUUGAUUGUAACUUUAGUAAAAGAAUUUACUUUGUGUUA